UCAAACAAGAAAUUAUUUGCAGUUGUAUCAUUAUUCUUAAUUUCAUUAUUUUCAUUUGUUUCACAAACUGAAUUAACUUCAUACCUUUAUAACAAUUUGGACUUUGAUCAACCUUAUUUAUUACUAUAUCUAACACAUGGUUCAUGGUGGGCUAUAUGGCCUAUUCAAGUCUUAUCAAUUGCCAUUUUUAAACAUUUUAAAAAAUCAAGAAAAUAUAAAUAUAACGUCCUAGAUUUUAAAAGAUUCAAGAGAAAUAUCAGCUAUUCUUUGAAAAAUCAACAUAAAAACAUUUUCAAAACUUCAGGUAUUGUCAUCAAUGAAAAUUAUCAACAUGAUCAUGAAUACCCAAAUUCAAUCCUAACUUUUAUCUUGAGUAAAUCAAUUAAAAGUAUUGCAACAAUGAUUUUCAUUGUCACCAUGAUUUUAUCAAUAGCUGGUUGUACAUGGUAUGUUGCCAUGGGGAUUGCACCAGCCUCAGAUAUCACUGCAAUUUAUAACUGUUCAGCUUUUAGUGCAUUAGUGUUUGCAAUUCCAAUCUUGCAUGAAAGAUUUAGUUAUUUGAAACUAAGUAGUGUUGCAUUGGCCAUUAUUGGUGUUUUCUUUGUUGCUUAUUCUGGUGAAUCUGGUUCAAGCGAGAAAGAUUUCCCAUAUAGGGUUAUUGGUGAUAUUAUUAUUGCAAUUGGUGCUAUAUUGUAUGGGUUAUAUGAAGUUUUAUAUAAGAAACUAUGUUGUCCUCCAAUUAAUUCAGUUUCUUCAAGAAGACAAGUUGCUUUUUCAAAUUUUUGUGCUUCAUUGAUUGGAUUAACUACAAUUUGCACCUUAUGGAUUAUUAUAAUCAUUGCACAUGUUUUCGGUAUAAGUAAAUUUAAAUUACCAACUAGUGGAUAUAUGUGGGUGAUAAUAAUUUCAUCACUGUUGUCCAAUUUGAUUUAUUCAUUAUCAUUCUUAGCAUUGAUGUCAUUAACUUCACCAGUUCUGUCAUCUGUUAGUUCUUUAAUCACAAUUUUAUUUGUUGGGUUAUUUGAAUGGAUAUUAUUUGGUGUUAAAUUAAGUGCUGGUCAAUUAAUUGGUGAUUUGUUUGUUGUUAUUGGGUUCGGUGUGUUGAGUUAUUCGUACUGGGCUGAAAUUACAGAGGAAGAUGUUGAUGAU